AGGAAGAUUCAGGAGCUAAUCAUUUUGAUCGAAUCAAUAUGUUCUUCGAGGGAUACGGUUAUCAUGGGAAUUCUUUUGAGCAGACCUAUCGCUGUUAUCCUGCAUCGUUCAUUGACAAGCCACAACUUGAAACUGGUGACAAAAUCAUAAUGCCGCCCUCCGCUCUUGAUCGUCUUGCUUCUCUCCAUAUUGAUUAUCCAAUGUUAUUUGAACUGCGAAAUGCUGCAACACAACGAGUUUCACACUGUGGCGUUCUUGAGUUCAUUGCAGAGGAGGGCAUGAUUUACAUGCCAUACUGGAUGAUGCAGAAUCUACUUUUACAAGAGGGAGAUAUUGUCCUUGUCAAAAAUGCUACCCUUCCUAAGGGCACAUAUGUGAAACUGCAACCUCAUACAAAAGACUUCCUAGAUAUCUCAAAUCCUAAAGCCAUCUUGGAAACGACAUUAAGGAACUACUCUUGUUUAACCACAGGGGACAGUAUCAUGGUUCCAUAUAAUAAUAAGAAAUACUAUAUCGACAUUGUGGAAACAAAGCCUUCCUCUGCAAUAAGUAUUAUUGAGACAGAUUGUGAGGUUGACUUUGCACCUCCACUGGACUAUAAAGAACCCGAGAGACCACAAUCUUCUGUUCCUUCACGUGUAGCGCCAGCUAAAGCACAGGAUGCUGAAGCUGUUACUGAAGAAGAACCAAAAUUUACCCCCUUCACGGGCGCUGGGAGGCGUUUAGAUGGAAAACCAUCAAAGCAUCAGACUUCACCUGUCCCUUCCCCUGGUAAUCAGCAACCCCGAGGAGGAACUAAUGGUGGAAAGCCCACUACAUCAUCCACUUCAGAAAACAGCUCUUCACGUCAAACGACGGGAAAGCUUGUCUUUGGCUCAAAUGCAGUUCGUGCUCCAAAAGAAGCUCAAAAGGCACCUGCAAAAGAAACGAAGGAAGAACCUCCGAAGAAAGAAGAACCUAAGUUUCAGGCUUUUACUGGAAAGAAAUACUCAUUGAAGGGUUAAUCAAUAGAUGGAUUUCAUCUUGACUUCAUGUUAUAUGUAAAAUAAAAAGCAGAUAUAUGUUUAACUAAUUACCUCACAGGUAUGCUGGACCCGUUGUUUAAUUAAAAUUAUAUACUUGGAUAAGGCUUCUUUUUCUAGCAAGCUUUUGUUUGAAUUUACGGCUUCCAAUUGCAUACAAACUUGUGAAUUACUCGACUUAUCAAUAUCAGUCCAAGGCUAUAAACCUCAUUUAUUCUUGCAAA